GAAAAGGAACAAAAUGCAGACGACCUGUGCAACAAAGUUCGACAGUAUUCAGUCUGCGGAUGGCCAGCACCUCGGGUUCUCAAAGGAGAGCUGAAGCACUUUUGGCAACUCCGCCACGAACUUUGUGUCCACCACAAUUUGUUUUUGAGAGGCUCAAGGAUAGUCAUUCCAUUGUCCCUGAGGGAUGAGGUUCUCCGCUCUCUACAUAGCAGUCAUCAGGGUAUUGUGAAGUGCAGAGAGCGUUCUAGACAAUCAGUUUGGUGGCCUCGUCUUAGUACACAAAUAGAAGAAGUGAUUGCGGAUUGUCCUAUUUGUGCAAGAACUCACUACAACAAUGCAGAACCACUUCCAACUAGUCUUCCAGACCUACCAUGGCAAAAGGUAGCAACCGACCUUUAUGUACGGAAGGAGCACACAUAUAUCCUAGUGGUGGAUUACUACUCAAGGAGUCAUUCAACAGCUUAGGUCAAUAUUUGCACGUCAUGGGAUACCUGAACAAGUCAUGUCAGAUAAUGGCCCGCAAUUUUCUUCUGAGGCAUUCACCAAUUUUGCCAAGACCUAUGACUUCACACAUGUCACGUCUAGCCCUCACUUUCCACAAAGUAAUGGGAAGCGGAAAGAGCCGUUAAAACUAUGAAGAAUCUUUUGGAGAAGGCGGAUGAUCCGUACUUGGCGAUACUGGCUUACAGAUCAACUCCUCUCAGAAAUGGUUAUAGCUCAGCAGAACUGCUCAUGAACAGACGAUUACGUUCGAAUAUACCAAUCAUCAGGGACUUACUAAAACCAUGUGUCCCAGAUCUAACCAUGGUAAAGAAAGUGGAAAAACAAGGAAAGAACAGGAUGAAAGAAGAUCAUGAUCGUCGCCAUAAGGCAAGAGAUCUACCAUGUCUUGAUCCAGGUGCACGAGUAUUGGUGCCUGACCAGAUGGUGUAUGGCAAAGUAAUUGCACAGCCUGCGUCAACUACGCCACGAUCAUACAUGAUCGAGACGCCAACGAAUACCAUCAGAAGGAACAGUUGACAUUUGAAUCAUAUUCCAGAUGCAGAGGCUAGAGAAAAUCCACCAGAAGAGCAACAUGUACCACCUCAACAAGAAGAGCAGCCAGUACCAUCUCAACAAGUCAGUCCAUCAAGGGAACAUCCUGAACAAUCUCCUGGUGGCUUGAAUAAAGACAGUGUUGUGUUACGUUCGGGACGUAUUAGUAAGCCGCCCAUUAGAUUGGACUUAUAUGGAAAGGGAGAUGUAGUAUGAUGUCACUUGUUGAUAUCAACAAGGAUACGGUCAGCGAGGACCACGUGUAACAUACACGUUUUCUUCUGUUGUAUUCUCUAUCUAGUAGCGUUGUGUUCUAAUUAUAAUACGAGUCAGUAACGAGUAA